ACGGAAAUCAGUCGUGAAGCUUCAAAGCAGUAUGGCAGCCUCCGUCAACAGUGCGUGUAAACUCUCAACCGAGGGUAAACCGUUAAAUACUACGAGUUUUCAAAAGAAGACACGCAGCAAAAUAUUAAGCAUACCCGGCACAAGACCCUCGGUACAAAACGGACAGCUCCUCGUAUCCUCCGGUGUCACGUCGCUCGACUAUCUGCUGGGUGGUGGUCUUGCAGUUGGAACGGUGCUUCUCAUUGAGGAGGACCGUUACGAUAGCUACUCCCGCAUGAUUCUAAAAUACUUCCUGGCAGAAGGGGUGGUGUGUCGACAUGAACUCUUCCUCGCAGCGGCUCACGACCACCCAGAUGACAUCUUCCAGGAACUUCCUGAUCCUAUCUUGGAUGAUGUUGCCAUGUAUAAACCAGUAGAACAACCAAGACUAUCAUGUGACCCUCAAGAUAGUUUAGAUGCCAUGAAGAUUGCCUGGCGUUAUCAGAAUCUCCCAAAAGUGCAGAGUGCCCUCGCAUCCUCAUCUCGGUUCGGCCACUACUAUGACGUUUCCAAGACAAUGGAGCCAGAAAUCCGCCAGGCAGCCAAGUGCCACCACUUUUACCUCGCAGAACAUCCGAGCCAGUCAACAGCCACACACAGUCUCAUGCUUCACUCCUACUCUGCCUUGCUGAAGUCCAUUGAGGAGGUCAUAAACAGGGAAGGCUUCCAAGUUGCAGAAUCCAUGACAAAGCCACGGAAUAUCCUACGUAUUGGACUACACUCACUUGGUUCGGCUCUGUGGGGUGAUGACCUGUGUUGUCGUGACAACCCGAAACACAGCCACGCUCUCACAACUUUUCUCUAUGGACUUCGGGCUUUGUUGAGGACAUCGCUGGCAGUUGCAGUAGUUACUGUGCCUUCACAUCUCAUCCAGAACAUAUCCCAAAUGGCCAGCAUAACCAGACUAUGUGACAAUGCCAUAGCCCUGGAAUCAUUCAAAGGCUCUGAGAGGGAGACCAACCCACUCUACAAAGAUUACCAUGGCCUGUUACACGUCCGGCAGGUGCCUCAUCUCAACUGUCUUGCAAGUCAAUUGCCUGACCACAAGGACUUGGCUUUUAAGCUCAAGAGGAAACAGUUCACCAUUGAGCGACUACAUUUGCCUCCUGACUUGUCUGAGACGGCGAGUCGUGUGAGCAGGGUGGAGCUGGAAGGAGCCUCCAUGGUGACUUCAAGCUGUGGCUCAGGUACCAAACACCUGGAUUUUUAGAGCUACUGACUCCCAGGUUGCUACAGGCAACCAAAGCUUCAGCUCCUCCGCCUUGGCGACCUGGUUGCUCUCCUGUCCAUGUGAUGCCCCGGCACGCUAAGUUGCAUAUCAUAUCAUAUUUCAAGCUUCUUUUUCUAGUUGUCACACACAAUAAAACAUUGUCAAACCUU